CAUAAAACAAUACAAACACACAAAACUCCAAAUAGAGACAAAGAUGGCUUCAAUUCCGACAGUCCUCGUGAAAACAAUGUUCCUCGUACUAAUCUUUGUCUCUUUUACAAUCUCUCCAGCAACUUCAACGGCACCUGAAGAUUGCGCAAGCGAGUCAGCGAACCCGUGCGUCAACAAGGCUAAAGCUUUGCCUCUCAAAAUCAUAGCAAUUGCUGCAAUACUAGUAGCAAGCAUGAUUGGUGUCGGAGCUCCUCUCUUUAGCCGGAACGUGCCCUUCCUUCAACCUGAUGGGAACAUUUUCACUAUAGUUAAGUGUUUCGCCUCAGGGAUUAUCCUCGGAACCGGUUUUAUGCACGUUUUGCCUGAUUCUUUCGAGAUGUUAUCAUCACAAUGUCUUAAAGAGAACCCGUGGCACAAAUUUCCAUUCUCUGGGUUUCUCGCUAUGCUGUCCGGUCUAAUCACUUUAGUCAUUGAUUCCAUGGCUACGAGCAUCUAUACUAGAAAGAACGCAGUUGGGAUCAUACCCCAUGGGCAUGGUCACGGCCCUGGAAAUGAUGUUACGUUACCAACAAAAGAUGGGGAUUCUGCGGAUGCACAACUCUUGAGAUAUCGAGUCAUUGCUAUGGUCUUGGAACUUGGAAUCAUAGUUCACUCUGUGGUCAUUGGACUAUCUCUAGGAGCAACAAGUGACACUUGCACCAUUAAAGGACUCAUUGCAGCCCUUUGCUUCCAUCAAAUGUUCGAAGGCAUGGGUCUUGGUGGUUGCAUUCUCCAGGCUGAGUAUACGAACUUGAAUAAGUUUCUUAUGGCGUUCUUUUUUGCUAUAACAACGCCAUUCGGAAUAGCCUUAGGGAUAGCUCUUUCAACAAUUUACAGAGAAAAUAGCCCUAGUGCGUUGAUCACUGUAGGAUUGCUCAAUGCAUGCUCCGCUGGAUUGCUCAUCUACAUGGCGCUUGUAGACCUUCUAGCGGCCGAGUUCAUGGGACCAAAGCUUCAAGGUAGCGUCAAAAUGCAGAUCAAGUGUUUCAUUGCGGCUCUUCUAGGGUGUGGUGGCAUGUCGAUCAUCGCCAAAUGGGCUUAACUAAUUGCCCGAAUAGUACUGCGGAGCUGAAGUCAUGUGUGGAUUUCGUUGUUGAACGAUUACAAGAUACUUACGUGGUAUCUUAAUGUUUUUUCAUAUGUAUGUAAUUGUGAUUGGUACCACGACCCCGAGUAUUUCCUUCGGUUUAGGGGAAGUAGUUCUUGUUGUAUAA